UCGAUGACAAAGCACGCAUCAACGCAACUAAAUACAUUGUUCAGUUGUUCUUAACCUUUGGCCACUUUAAAACUUAAUUUAUACUAUCACAAUGAAGUGCGCUCUUUGUAACGAAAGUUUUAAUGACGGUGUCCAGUGUGCUUCGUGUAAAAAACAACUAGACUUCCGUUGUGCAAGUAUAUCUGAAGCUGGUUGGAGGAAAUUGGGUGCUGAUAGAAGAGCAGUAUGGAAGUGUCCAUCGUGCCGGAUCUCAUCACCUUCGGCAUCUACUACGGAACAAGCUUCACUCCAAGUUGUGCUCAAUGAAAUAAGGGAUUUAAAACGUCAAUUAUCCAUUUUGCCAUCACUAACGGAGAAUAUUCACAGCAUCAAAGAUGAACUUAAAGAGUUACGGAACUGCUGUGAAUAUAAUUCUAGCCUGGUUGAAGAAUUUUCACACAAGCUUAAAGAUCUGGAGUCAAGAAUUACAGGUUUGGAAGGACUACAAGCUACCGUUCAUACACUUCACCGUGAUGUGGAGGGGAUUAGAGCUGAGUUAAAGGCCAAUGACCAGCGAUCGAGGCUUAAUAAUGUAGAAAUAAAAGGCGUCCCUUUAAGUAAAACUGAAAAUUUAUUUGAUAUCGUGGAAAAAAUUAGUAAAAAAGUGAAUUUUUCAUUCCCUAUGACACAGAUCAAUUACAUAUCACGAAUACCUAUGUAUAAAUCAAAAGAAAAAGCGAUCAUAGUAAGUUUUCUGAAUCGCUAUAUAAAGGAAGAUUUUGUUGCCGCUGCUCGAGUCUGUAAGACCCUAUCUACUCUUGACCUGGGUUUUAAUGGAACGUCUUCCCGAAUAUUUGUUAAUGAUCACCUGAAUGCAGAUAGCAAAAUAUUACUUAACAAGACUAAAUUACUAGCGAAACAAAACAGUUAUAAAUAUGUGUGGGUAAAGCAUGGAAAAAUACAUAUCCGUAAAGAUGAUACAUCCAAAUCAUUUGUUAUUAUUAAUCAUAAUGAUUUAAACAAACUUACAUAGACGAUUUCUUAUGCCAAUGUGUAUUAUCAUUCAUUUUUACAAUAUUAUGGUUGUUAUUAAUCCCUAUUAUAAU